CUUCCUGGACUUCCUGGUAAACCUGGACCCGAAGGACUUCCGGGGCUCCCCGGUCCAAAUGGACCACCCGGCUAUCAAGGAGAGAAGGGACUGCUUGGAAUCGACGGAAAACGUGGAAGAGAUGGACAGAUGGGACAACCUGGUGCACAAGGUCCUCCUGGUGACAGUUAUCCAGGACAGCCUGGUGUUGGUGGUGCUAAAGGAGAAAUGGGAGAUGUUGGUUAUCCUGGUCCACCAGGUCCCCAGGGUCCUCCUGGUCCAGCCGCUCCUCAGCAAUUCUUCCAAGGAGAAGAUGGAGCGCCUGGUCUUGACGGAGCACCUGGUAUGCCCGGAGAACGAGGUGCAGAUGGCCUACCAGGUCUACCUGGACAGGUCAGUGAUGAUCGGUAUAAAUCAAACAUUUAGUCAUUUCUUUCUAUAAUA